AUGGCGGACACCGUGAGACUGUUUAGUGCGAAAAUAAUGCGAGAGAAACUGAGUUGUUGGGACAGAAAAGAAGACCCUAAAGCUCCUUUAAGUGAUGCACAGAAAGACAGCUUCAUGGACCUCACAGCCAGUGUUUCAAACCGGCCGUUGCCCAUCGAGUUGCCCUUGGACGAACCUGGAAGCUUUACCCAGCAGCUCUCAAUGUCAACAUCCCAUAUUCCUUCAGCUGGAGGCGACGUCUUGUCCGAUGGAUUUGAAUCACUCGGCAUGAAAGAGGACAAAAUUGAAAAUGCACAGCAGUUCUUCGCCUGGUUCAACAAAGUGGAAAGCAAAAUGGAUCACGACGAAGAGAUAUCGUACAGAUGUUACUGCGAUCAGUUGAAGGACUAUCGAGACCAAUGUGACAAAGUUCUUGAUGAGGUCUCAGAUGCUCUGACCCACCUAGAGGAGCUGCAGAAACAGUACGUCCACGUAUCAACGAAGACCAACGCACUUCAUGAGGCGUGCGAGGAGUCUUUACAAGACCAGACGUCACUUGUAAACAAGGCAGAGACAAUCAGUGGCAGAUUGUCGUACUUCAACGAACUUGAAAGAAUCAAUCAGAAAUUAAGUUCGCCCACCUUCUCUGUGACCAGCGAAUCGUUUGUUCCCAUGUUGACGAAACUGGAUGAAUGCAUCGCUCAUAUCUCGGUCAAUCAAUAUGAGGACCCAUAUUCCGAUAACAGUGAAAACGUCAAGCCCCAGUAUAAGGAGACUGAAGUUUACCAGGCGAAGUUCAAGCACUGCCUCUCCAAAGCCUUAACUGUAGUCAGGUCCUCUGUUUUUAACAUUCUACAUAACGCCACACAGCAGGUUGUGCCAACCAAGGAAUCCCCUGUAGCACCCUCUGAUAAUGCCUUCACUCUAUUUUAUGGUAAAUUUCGGAGUAACGCGCCUAAGGUAAAAGGAAUGAUGGAACAGAUCGAGUUGAGGCUGGACAAGAGCCCAGAGUACCAGACAUUACUAGACGACUGCCAUAAUUUUUAUCUAGCGAAACGUCAUCAGCUUCUAGCACCAAGCAUCACAGCAGCCGUCAAAGAGUUGGCUGCUAAGCACAUCAGAGACCACUGUGCGCUGGUGCGUAGCGGUUGUGCAUUCAUGGUCCAUGUGUGUGAGGACGAAUAUCAGUUGUUUUUCCAUUUUUUCUCAAGGCAAACUGACAAGCUGGACGCCAUGCUGGAGGGUCUAUGCAUGAGUCUAUACGACGUCUUAAGACCACUGAUCAUUCAUAUUAAUCACCUUGAGACAUUAGCUGAGCUCUGCAGUAUCCUUAAAAUUGAGAUGCUUCAAGACCAUGUCCAGACCAACCCUGACGAACUGAAAGCUUUUGAGAUGGUGAAUCGUCAGAUGUUGGAGGAUGUUCAAGAACGCCUUGUGUAUCGAGCAAGCAUCUACGUUCAGACAGACAUUCUAGCCUAUAAACCUGCACCAGGAGAUCUAGCCUAUCCAGAAAAACUAGAAAUGAUGGAGAGCAUCUCAGAGAGCAUCAAAGAGAAGGAACGGGAGAAGGUGCUGUCCAGGAGGAGCUCUGCUUCCUCCUUGGGGUCCGCCACCAGCCAGGAGGUGGCAGCACUUAGCGGGAUAGACCCGGCCUCCCCUCCUCAAGGAGACCAACCAGCACAGCAGGAGAACGUCAAUGGAGCCACUCCUCAACGAUCACUCAGUCGGAGCAGCAGUCAGAUGAUCCAACAUUCAACGAACCUUUCACCCGCAGACCUCCACGGGAUGUGGUACCCAACUGUUAGGAGGACGCUAGUGUGUCUCUCUAAGUUAUACAGGUGUAUUGAUAAAGCAAUUUUCCAAGGUCUAUCGCAAGAGACACUGCUAUCCUGUAUACAGAGUUUGGUUGUAGCUGAAAUAGGCAUCCAGAAACGCAAGACUGAGCUGGAUGGGUUGCUGUUUCUCAUUAAGCAUCUUCUGAUCUUGAGGGAGCAGAUCGCUCCGUUCCAAGUAGAGUUCUCAAUCAAGGAAACGGCACUUGAUUUCUCAACGAUGAAAGUGGCAGCCUACAGUUUCCUUGGGAAGCGGUCACGGAUGCUCUCAUUCAACACUAACAAUGCAUUCCUGGAAUUUCUCUUUGAGGGCGCCCCCAACGUCACCGAGCAUUUUCUUGACUCUAAGAAAGACGUGGAUACGCAACUGAAGAAGACGUGUGAGAGAUUCAUCAAGCUCGUCGCGGACUCCCUCGUAUCAGAACUCUACUCAUUCCUUACUAAGGCAACCGUCAUCACCAGCAUGAACAAACAAGACGAAGCACCGCAAGCAUCUCUCAGGAAACAACCAUUCGCAACUGCAGAGAAAGUUCAUGAGGUGGUUGGCGCCACCUAUAGGCAGGUGAAGUCCAGGUUACCAGCAAUGUUCCGGAGUAUGUCUCUCUACUUGGCCAAUAAAGACACGGAGUAUAUACUCUUCAGACCCGUCAAGGGAAACAUCCAGCAAGCUUACCAGCAGCUAGAAGCCAUCGUCAAGGAGAACUACACGGAGGAGGAUCAGCAAAUCAUUGGUUGCCCCUCCAUGGAACAGGUGAAUCUACUUUUAUCAGCUGCCGUUUGAAACGCCUUUUGUUGUCUUGCGAUUAUGGAGUCUGUAUGAGGAGAUGAAGCGGAUGCGGAGAAGGGACAAGACAUUGACGGUCACAGUACCACUGAACAAAUGCAGAUGAGGAUGUUAGACACAUGUACAGUACUCAUCUUCAAGACACUGGGACACAUAUGGUAAUUGUCAAAGACCAGUCUUCUCACUAUGUGUAUCUCAACAUAUGCAUA